AUGUCUUAAUAAACAGAAAAUUUAUUUAUAGACAGAUACAAUUUUUCAAGAAGAGUUGUAGAUCAUAGAGUUCCUUUUGAUUUAAAUUACUCUAUUAAUUAACCUAAAGGUUCAUAAUUAUGGUGGAAAGCUUAUAAGCAAAAAUAGAUUGGAAAUUUUUUAAAUUUAACUGGAUUAGUUUAUGCAACAUAUGGGGUUGGAAUCGGAUUAUUACUAUUAGGAAUUGAUGCAUGGGUAAGAAGUAAAGUUUAUGGUGAUUCACAUAAAUCUAGAUUAGAUGUUUCUCGUUAACCAUAUGGUCAUGUAUUUUAUGAAAAUUAUAGAAAUUAAGGUACCAAAUUAGGUAGAUGGAAUCAUAACUUUUUCUGUUUUGAAAAAUAACCUGGAUGUGGUUAAGAUUUCGAAUGAUUUUAAUAUAUAUUAAUUUUAUUAAUCUAUAAAAAUAAAAAGACAAA